GUACAGCCUGUAUGCCCGCACACGGCUGGGCUACCUCUUCUACCAGCGGCAGGUGAAGAAGGCCCGGGAGCGGCAGGGGGGUCGUGCCCUCAUGUCUGUCUGUCCAUCCGUCCCCCCUCCAGGGGUGAAAAUCCUGCCCAUUCCUGUGCUCUCCAACAACUACAGCUACCUGGUCAUCGACACUGGAUCCAGACGGGCGGCCGUCAUCGACCCCUCUGACCCCCUGGCCGUGCAGGCUGCUAUUGAAGAAGAGGGGGUGACACUGGAGGCCAUAUUCUGCACCCACAAACACUGGGACCACAGCGGGGGGAACGCGGCGCUCCGUCAGCAGCACGGCUCCUGCAAGGUGUACGGCAGCGCCCUCGAUGCCAUCCCAGAGCUCACCAACCCACUUGCGGACAGGGAGAAGGUGAGCAUGGGCUGUCUGACCUUCGAGGCGCUCGCCACGCCCGGCCACACCGUGGGCCAUAUGGUGUACGUGCUGGGCCCCCCCUGCCUCUUCUCUGGGGACCUCCUCUUCCUCGCUGGCUGCGGUGAGCGGGCAGAGUCGACGGUGUCCCCCCCUAACCCUCUGCUGCUGAGUUGGGGGGCCAGGCAGGGCCGGUGCUAAGGGGUACGGGGGUCUGCAGGCCACGAGUACGCGCUGGAGUGCCUGACCUUCGCCAGCCUCCUGGAGCUGGACAACCCCGACCUGGAGCAGAAGCUGCUGUGGGCGACGCAGCAGCGCCAGGAGAAGAGGAGCACG